UCUUGCUCAGGUGAGCUCUCUCUCUCUUUUUUCUUUUACUGGAAUGAUUCGAGAGGGACCAUCGAUUAUAACUUCACCACCACUUCAGUUCAUGUCCUGGAUGUCACUUUCUCCUGGUUUAGGAUCCCCAUUCCCGUGGCUCCGGGAGCUGAAAUCCGAGGAAAGGGGUUUAUAUCUGAUCCAUCUUCUCGUUGCAUGUGCGAACCAUGUCGCCGCUGGUAGUCUCGAGAAUGCCAACAUCGACCUAGAACAAAUAUCUCACCUCGCCUCCGCCGAUGGAGAUACCAUGCAAAGAAUUGCUGCUUACUUCACCGAGGCACUUGCUGAUAGGGUGCUUCAAGCAUGGUCUGGCCUUCACAAAGCUCUCAAUUCCACUAAAAUAUCAUCAGUACAAGAGAGAAUUCAUGUUCAGAACUUGUUCUUUGAGUUAUGCCCUUUCUUGAAGCUUGCGUAUGUUAUCACGAAUCAAGCCAUUGUAGAAGCUAUGGAGGGGGAGAAAAUGGUUCAUAUUAUAGAUCUCCAUUGCUUCGAGCCUGCACAGUGGAUUAAUCUUUUUCAAACAUUGAAUGCUAGACCAGAAGGGCCACCCCAUUUGAGAAUUACAGGCAUACAUGAGCAAAAAGAGGUGUUGGACCAUAUGGCGCUUCGAUUGACUGAAGAAGCUGAGAAAUGGGACAUUCCGUUUCAGUUUAAUCCGGUCGUUUGCAAGUUAGAGAAUCUCGAUCUCGAAAGUUUGCGCGUUAAGACCGGAGAAGCUCUUGCGGUCAGUUCUGUCCUUCAGCUUCAUUCUCUCUUGAUGACGGAUGAUGAGAUGCUUAGACGGAUCAACUCCCCAUCCAUGUCUACGAACCUCAACACCGAUCGCUCACAAAGAGUGCUGCAGAUGCAGAUGCACCAACGUACGUUAGGGGAGUGGCUUAAGAAAGAGCCAGUCCAUGUAUAUAGCCCAAGUCCGGACUUGUUGUCGCCAUCACCGUUAUCCCCGCUUGCCCUGGCCCCUGCACCGAAAAUGGUGAACUUUCUAUCUGCUCUUCGGGGGCUGUCACCGAAAUUGAUAGUUAUAACCGAGCAGGAGUCCAACCAUAACGGCUCUACUUUAAUGGAGAGGGUAAUGGAAGCAUUGAAUUUCUAUGCAGCACUCUUCGAUUGCUUAGAGUCUACGGUAUCGAGAGCACCGAUAGAGCGACAAAAGAUCGAGAAGAUGCUUUUCGGGGAGGAAAUUAAGAAUAUCAUAGCUUGUGAAGGUGUUGAGAGAAAGGAGAGACAUGAGAAGGUUGAGAAAUGGAUUCUGAGAUUCGAGUUGGCCGGCUUCGAGAAGGUGCCAUUAAGCUACCAUGGGAUGCUGCAAGCAGGACGAUUGUUGCAGACCAAUAACUAUGAUGGUUAUAAAAUCAAAGAAGAUAAUGGACGUGUGGUAAUCUGCUGGCAAGAAAGACCUCUGUAUUCAAUGUCAGCCUGGGGAAUUAGACCGUAAAACUUCUAAGAUUUUUAGUUUUUACACAUUUUUUGUGUGCGCUUGUUUCAUCCUUUAUCUUGUUCGUGUCUGUGUAAAGAAUAUCAGGUUCUUCUCUGCAAU